GAAUUGUUUAUCUACAGAUUCAGAAACACGAAAGUUGGAAGAAGAAAAAGCAUAGAUACAAAAGCAGAAACCCCACUUUAUUAUGUCUUCAAACUCCUGACUUCCAAAGAUUCUCAUCUAUAAAAAUUUGGCAUUGAUACACAUUCCAGAUCCUUCUUUCCAUUAUUAAUUCGAUUUUGAGAGAACCCAAAUAAAUUUCAUCCAGGAUUCUGUUCGAUUCCCUGUAAAGUUAUGGCCUUGAUAACGGUUUUGUUCCUGUUUUUCCUUUUUUCUAUUGGGUUCUGUAAUGAGGGUUUUAACUCUCACCUUUUACCGAGAACGUUGAUGCUCGAAUACCCAGAAAACGGUGAGACACAGUACGGAAAAUUUGACGAGGAGCUACUGUUACAGUGUACGAGUUGGAGGUUUGCGGCGUAGACUAACAAUUUGAGUCCAUGGAAGACGAUUCCGAAGGAAUGUGCGGAGUAUGUGAAGAAUUAUAUGAUGGGUUAGGGGUACAGUAUGGAUCUCCAGAGGGUUUCGAAUGAGGCUGAGGUUUAUGCGGAGAGUGUGGAGUUGAGUUGGGAUGGGAAAGAUGCGUGGGUUUUUGAUGUGGCUGAGACUUUAUUGUCCAAACUCCCAUAUUAUGUAGAGCAUGGAUAUGUGCAAGGCUUCCCUUUUUUUUAUUUGUUACCGAGUUGUUGGAUUACUGAGAACAUUGUCUGCAUUUGAAAUUUUAUCAUUUUUCUAUUGUUAAAGUUGUUUGUUUGCUGAGAAAGUGAGGGAUAUGAAAAGAAAAUAGGAUUACAUCA